AUGGAUCCCGGAUAUGACGCGAAUCAAGUCAUGUACGGCGAGGACUACGGCGAACCCGCAUACUACGAUGAACCCCUCCCGGAGGAUAGUAAUUAUGUCGAGGAGUCCGAAGAAGCAGAUCCGGAUGCUUGUACCUGCGACCCAUGCGACUGUGACUGUAAUCCACCUGGAGCGCAAAAGAAGUCAAUUCGUGGGUCCAAACCCUUAAUGGAUGAUGAGUACGAAGGGGAGGGGGAGGGGGAUUUGGGAUGCACUUGCGACCCGUGUGAAUGCGAAACACCUCCUGGAUCUCGCGAGAAGACGAUGACCAUGUUAACCGAAGCUGUUGAAGAGUCCGAAAUGGUGGAUACCGAGGUUUCUCAUCCGUACCAGCUGGAUGAGUUCACGAGAGCAAAAGCUUUUUUCAUGAAUACUAGUACAAAGUCGGGAAUCAGCUUAUAUGAUCACUUGAGCGAUGUUAUCCGAAAACUUUUGGACGAGCGUGCCCCUACAAAUGCAGUCGACUUUCUUGAAGAAAUCAGUAUGAAUGUGAAACGCUAUAGAUUUCAACAGCCCAAGGAUGUUCUUCAGGAUGUAUUUUACAUCAGUGAGCCCGUCUUGAAUGAUGCACGAUUUCUCAAUGAUAACUGGAAGCAAUAUGCGCAAUGGUCUGAUGAAGCCAAGGAAAUUCCAGGAGAAGGUUUUGUAGCAGGAGGUUUCCAAAAUCUUUUGCGACUUCAGUAUUACUUGGAACAAGUUAAUAUUGGGUUGCCUCGUGAAGAAAUGUUUCGUUUAGCGUUGUCCAUUAAAGAUUUGACUGCUAACAGACCUUACAUCACAAAAGCAAGAUUUUGGGGAAAAAUUUUCUGCUCCCGUAAAAACUAUUACGUUGUCGAAGCUGAUAUAAACUCGCCAGGAAACAGUGACGCAGAUUUGUGGCAACCACAAGAAGAAUCGCAGAAUCCCGAAAGCGUCGGUGGGGCUGGCGAUGCUGGUCCUCAAGAAAACAUCCCUGGAGCACAAGCUACAUUUGAAAAAGCGGGCAACGUCGUCCUGAACAGUGACGUUUUGUCAGCAUAUUCAAAAACAUCUGGACUUCCACCCGAAGAACAAGCCAAUCUCCUGCCGAAAACUAAAGCCCCCACGCCACCCUCUGACGGUGGCCUUCUUGGGGAAGGAGAAUGGGGCGGAGAGGAUGCGGGAAAAUCACCCGAGGACGCUGAAGCUGCUGCCGACUUUGCCAAGUGGCAAGGUUACCAGGAAGAGCUGAUGACAAAGUUUCCCACCCCUAACGUUGAAGUUGAAGUGGAAAUCCCCCCAGAAUCGGAUGGUACUGGAGCGAAUAGAAGGGCGUUUUAUGUUUGUAACAUCCUCGGACAACCCUGGGUCCUCCUCCCACCAGCCUCCCCGAAGCAAAUUAAUGGAGCUCGGCAAAUUCGGUGGGGUCUAACUGGAGAGUUAGACGGGAACAUUCGUUCCUUCCCCAACUUUCCAGGAAAAGAGGGUCACCUCCUCAAAGCAAUGUUGACCCGAGCCUCUGCUGGGUCACUUGUCUCACCGAAGGGAUUCUACAGAGGCAACAGCUACCCUUCCGAGUACGAAGGAGAGGACGAUGAAGACAUUGAAGAGGAGGAGGAAUCCAUGAAUCCUCCAGGAGAUGAUAAAGUUACUGCCGUCAAAAAGUACAGGCCACCAAUGGAUUCGCUGACAAAUCCCAAGUUGACUUUUUGGGUACACCACGCCUGCCUGAUCUUACCACAGGGUCGAAACGUUUGGUGGAACCCGUUGCGAGCAAAAAAGCGAGGUGAUGAGACUGAAGACGAGGAAGAAGAAGAAGAAGAUGAAGGAGAGGAAUAUGAGGGUGAGGAUGGGAACAUGGGACCCACUCGUGAAGUUGGACCUCCAUUAUUCACCCCGAUUUCUACCGACGUGGCCCCUGAUGGCAAAGCUCCGUGGACUCUGCAAACCUCAUCCUCGGUCUUUAAGGAGUUUCAAGUUGUUUCCGUUCGCAGCAACACUUGGCCAGGAUCUACUGUGGUUUGUACUAUCAAAGGCAAAGUAGACAACAUUUACUUGGGGGACGGACAAAAGUUUGCGGAUCGUAGUUACGCACCAUUUAUGCAUGAAAAUGUUAUGAGAGAAUACAGAAUUGGUCCGGAGAUUGAAGAAUUUCCAGAUCCCAGUGUUGAGGAAGAGCAGAAAUGGCUCAAUCGUCUCGAGAUGGACGAACUUGGAGAUAUUGAACCCCCAUUCGUUGACAAUGAAGAAGGAUACGAAGAAAUGGAAGAAGCCGGAGAAUAUUCAGAUGAGGAUUAGUUUUCAAUUUGAUAUG